AACAUAAAACGAACAAUUUCAAAAUAGUUGAAAGAAAGAAAUAAGUUAACAUGGUAGAGGUUUAUGAAUUAUGGACUGUGAUAGUUUCACUCAUAAUAGUGAAGCUAUGUAUUUGGAUCUAUCAAUGGAGUAAUCCAAAGUGUAGUGGAAAACUUCCUCCAGGGUCGAUGGGUUUUCCGAUCAUGGGAGAGACUUUUGAAUUCAUGAAACCUCAUGACGCUUUUCAGCUUCCAGGAUUCGUACAGAAAAAAAUCCUCAGAUAUGGACCACUAUUUCGGACAAGCUUAUUUGGAGCCAAAGUUAUAGUCUCGACUGAUACUGGAUUGAACAUGGAGAUAGCAAAGACAAAUCAUGUUCCUGGAAUGCCGAAGAGCUUAGCAAGGCUAUUCGGGGAAAACAACUUGUUUGUACAGAGCAAGGAGUCUCAUAAACAUGUCCGAAGCAUGACAACUCAGUUUUUAGGUUCACAAGGUUUGAAAAUGGGGAUUUUAAAAGACAUCGAUCUACUGGUUCGCACACACAUGAAGCUAGGAGCUAAGAACAGCGGUCUUGACGUCAAGGAAACAACAAGCAAGAUCUUAGUUGAAUGUCUUGCGAAGAAAGUUAUGGGAGAAAUGGAACCAGAGGCGGCAAAAGAACUCGCCCAAUGUUGGACACAUUUUCCAAAAGGAUGGUUUCGAUUUUCAUGGAACAUUCCUGGGACUGGUGUCUAUCAAAUGAUGAAGGCAAGAAAGCGGAUGAUUGAUAUACUAAAGGAGACGGUGUUAAGGAAGAGAGCAUCAGGAGAAGAGCUUGGUGAGUUUUUCAAGAUGCUAUUUGGGGAAAUGGAAGGAGGAGCGGGAACGAUAAGCGUAGAGAGUGCGGUCGAGUACGUAUUUAUCUUCUUUUUGAUUGCUAACGAGGCAACGCCAAGCGUCCUUGCGGCUACAGUGAUAAAUGAGUCGCUUAGGAUCACAAGCACGGUCCCAACGGUGCUAAGAAUAUUUGAUCGUGAGUUCAAAGUUGGUGAUUAUACAAUUCCAGCUGGUUGGAUCUUUAUGGGCUAUGCUAAUACCCAUUUCAAUCCAGAAAAGUACGAAGAGCCUUUGACAUUUAAUCCAUGGCGCUGGAAGGAAAAAGACAUGACUGCAAUCCUCUCCAAGACUUACAUUCCCUUUGGCGCUGGUUCAAGACUAUGUUUAGGAGCUGACUUCGCUAAGCUGCUGAUGGCCACUUUUAUCCAUCACUUGUGUAGAUACAGGUGGUCAAUGAAGAAAGAGACUAGAGUACUUCGAAGGUUUAUUCUUAUGUUUCCUGAAGGAUCUGGUGUUCAAAUCUCAGAAGACACCGAAGUUGAUAACUCGGCUGGUUAUUAGUUGUUCCUUUUGAGGUUGUUGGUUCGAAUCCUUUGUAUUGUUAAGACUGUUCGUGACAAUAAAGUUUUUUUAAUACAAAACUAUCUUGUAAGAACCAACGGUCAGAGUGUAUGCUUCUUUUGAAAUAUAUUGUAAGACAUAAAUGUUUAUUGGGUUACUGAGUUUUCGAGUUUAUCUGAAUUGAUCUGAGUCAACCGUGAAUUAAAUAAUUGAUAAAAAAUUAUAUAAUAUAUAUAUAUAUAGUUUUAAAAAUAGAAAAAUAGAUUUAAAUGUAAAAACAAACAUAAAUUGU